AUGACAGCCAUACUCUCGGUGCGCACUCCGCUGGCAAAUUUGAGCAUGGCUUCGACGCAGAGAGGGGCGCCGACCACAACGACGACGACGCGGCGACGAAGCGCCCGGCACGCCUUUGCCGAUGAGGACGACGGCGCCAACCAGCAUCAUGUCGACGCACCGGUGGGGAAAAAGGCGAAGAAAGAGACUGCUGCGGCGGUGAAUGGGGUGGGGAAGGCAGGCGCGAAUGGAACUGCUGGGACAGGGACGAAGGCGGCAGGUGGGAGGAGAACGAGGGCCGCAGCAUACGACGAGGACGAUGACGGCUUCACAUUCUCGCGAGCUCGCCCGAAGAAGAGCGCGGCGAAGAAGACGGGGGAACCGGAACCGGAACCUGCAGAAGCACCCCCGCCGAAGAAGGCAAAGACCUCGAAACCGGUAGAGGAACAACAAUCGCCAGCAGAGGAACCUAUCAAGAGUACGGCGAGAAAGACGAGGAAAUCCGCGGUUGCUGCGAUUGCGCCGGCGGUUGCGGACGAGGUCGCGCCAAAGAGACGGAGGUCGGCUAGGUUGUCAGCAGCUGGGACCGAGGCGCAACCACAACAGCAGCAGACUUCUACGCCGGCCCCGGAGAAGGCAAAACGCACGCGAAAAUCGACGGCGCAUAGGGACAGGGCGCAGACGCCGAAGCAAGACAAUGACGAUGGUGUGGCGUUGGUUGGUGGACAGGCAGGGGAGCAAGCGGAGUCUGACCAGCCCAGUCGCGAGGGCACGAAGAUCGCGCUGCCGUUCGCGGAUACGCCCAUCAUCAAACGGAACAAGGAGAUGCGCAAGGGUGGUGGUGGUGGGGGACCCCGACGGAGCAGUACCGGCUUGCGCGGCCGCCGUGCCAGUUCGCUGAUCGACAGCGGCACUUCGAAUGGUGGGCAACAACUCCCCGACAGCAAUGGAUCCGGAGGUCCCGGCAAUCUUCUUUUGGAUAAUCAAGCUGACGACAAGGAUGAAUUAGCGGUGCCGCACGCGGAGGUUCCAGCAGAGGAUUUCUACAAGCAUAUCGAACAGAGUUUACCUGAGCCGAGGCGCAUGAAGCAACUGUUGACGUGGUGCGGAACAAGGGCGCUGACGGACAAGCCUUCCGGAGAGGUCAAGGACGCCAGCGCGGUUAUGGCUGCGCGAGCGAUACAGCAGGAGUUGCUGAACGAUUUUGCGAGUAAAUCGGAGAUGUCGAAUUGGUUCGAUAGGGAAGACGUAGAGCCCGCAGCGCUCGUGAAGAAGCCAAACCCUAGAAAUCUUGAAAAUGCAACGAAGCUGGAGCAGCUCGAACAAGAGGUUAAGCGCCUGCAAGAAGAAAAGAAAGCCUGGGAGUCGCUUCUAAAGACCCCGUCAUUAACCUCGCUAUCAUCAACUCCCACAUCGAAAGACAAGGGAACGCUCCCGGACGCCGCUCAACCGUCAGACGCGCCCAACAUCGACCCUACUCUUCUAGACGAUCCCGAACAAGCACGCAUCCUUGCGAGCCUCAACAGUCUCUCCCUAGAGCCCUCAUCAUCAACGUCCGCCGAAGCCACAUCAACAAACGCACAGCCCGAGUCGACAACACGACCAGCGAGCGUGUCACGAGCGGAACUCGUUGCGCGCCUCCAGGCUAUCACGGCAUCCCUGGAACCGCAAAUAGAUCUGUUUGCAGAUGGCCUGCACAAGGUGUCACAGUACCGCGAUACGGCCGAGCGUGUGGCGACUCGUGUUCUGGGCUCCGCAUCGGAAAGGCUGGAGGAGCGGGACAGAGAGGUCAAAAGAGCCGCCGGCACGGAGAACGUGAGUACACGCGAUGUGUUGAGGGCGUUGGCCGGGACUCUCAACCGAAGGAGAUAG